GCUACAUAAUACAAUGUGUGUAUGUGAGCACACACACCCACUUAAUGCAAGAAAAACUAAUGCUGCAGAGUGCUGCAGAAAACAAAGUCCCUCCCCUUGAUGUUAUGACUCGUUUAUACAGAGUAGUCGGUGAAUAGGAGGGAGUGAGAGAGUAGAGAAGAGUGGUGAUGUACUAGCCCUGGGUUCCUUACAGAGAUUUUGAAUUUGAUGCAGAAGAUUGAGCAGUCAGUCUGCCUUCAUGGGCUCUAAAUGUUGCAAGACGAAAGUUAUAUCUGUCUCAGCUAAACUAUGUGUUUACUGGAAGAUGUUUUUGCUGAAGGAGAACACAAAAAGGAGAAAAGGAACUAAUUCACAUUUUAUUACAUUCUGAGCAAAGAUAAAUUAGGCAUUGAAUGAUAAAAAAGAUGUCCUCUCCAGGUGUCAAGCCAAGGGAGCAUAUGGAUCUGGCGUACAUCUCUAUUGAGAUAGCUAUUUCGGUGGCCUCUGUCCUAGGGAAUGUAUUAAUUGUGCUUGUGGUGUAUGUGAACCAGGCUCUCCAUGACACCACCUUUAGCUUUAUUGCAUCUCUGGCUGUGGCUGACAUUGCUGUUGGAAGUUUGGUUAUCCCUCUGGCCAUUGUCAUCAGCCUGGGAUUCAGGACGCAGUUCUACACCUGCCUCGUCCUCUCCAGCCUGGUGCUGAUCAUAACUCAGAGCUCCAUUCUGUCCCUCCUGGCUAUAGCUGUCGACCGAUAUCUGCGCAUAAAAAUUCCCACAAGGUACGGCGACAUAGUGACCCAGGGGAGGGCAUACAUGGCAGUUUGUCUGUGUUGGACCCUCUCCAUCCUCAGUGGAUUGGUUCCACUGGUUGGCUGGAACAAUCUGCACCACGGGAACUUCAGUAACUCCAAAGAGAUAGUUUGUCAGUUUAAAACUGUUAUUCGGAUGGACUACAUGGUGUACUUUAAUUUCUUUGUCUGUGUGGUGGUGCCACUGGUCUUGAUGAUCAUUCUGUAUGGGGAGAUCUUCAGAGUGAUCCGGCAGCAGCUCAACCGCCGUGCUGAGGCCACUUGUGAUGGAGAAAAGUACUACCGAAAGGAGCUGAGACUGGCCAAGUCGCUGGUCUUGGUGGUUUUUCUUUUUAUAAUGUGCUGGAUGCCAAUACAUAUCGUGAAUUGCAUCGACUUUUUUUGCACAGACUAUGACAUACCCAAGUUUGUUGUGUAUGUAGGAAUUUUUAUGUCUCAUGUGAACUCAGCACUCAACCCGAUGGUUUAUGCAUUCAGAAUGAAACAGUUCCGUCUUACUCUGAUCCAAAUAAUUCGCCGCUGCAUGUCAUGUAACCCAAUUAUGGUGCCCACCCGAUGUCCCACAAGUGCAAUAGAAGGGAGUGAAAAUAUGGCUGUGAACCUAUAGCAUAUAUGAAGAACUUUACUUUAUAAUGCAUAGUCCCAGGGGGACUAAAAAUGCUACAAAUACUCAAAAAUAAAAAACAGUGUGACUGAUCCUGUUUCUUUUACAUAUACUUAUUUUUCUUUGUAAUUUCACUAUACAUGGUCUUGGAACUGUUAAACACUAUUUGAGUUUUACUUAGAUAUGCAGGC